AUGUCUACCGCAACAGUAAAUAUCGCGCGGAUACCGGCAGCAAAAGAAAAUGUUGAAGACGAGAUCUUAGAAUGUCUUCGACGUGAUGGCGUAGCUAUUGUUACUGGAAUGUACACAAGAAGUCAUGUUGAGCAAGUGAAACAAGACCUGGCACCACAUUUUGAUUCUGAUACAAUUGAUCAAUCAGGUUUUUUCCCUUCGACUACACAACGAGCCAUGGGUUUCUUUGCCAUUUCACGGGCUUGCAUCGACAUGGCCAUGAAUCCAUUACUUUUAUCUGUGGCCAAUCGAUUGCUAACAUCGACGUAUACUUUUUAUGUCGGCUCAGAGAAAAAAACGGUUCAAUCAAAGCCAAUAAUUUCAUCAACGGUUGGCUUCCGUAUAAAUCCCGGUGGUCAGCAACAGGAACUUCAUAGGGAUGAUACAGAUUUUCACGCGAGGCCUUGCGAUUGGCCAAUGAUGAUAGGCUGUAUUAUUGCCCUUAGUCGAACUCACAAGAACAAUGGAGCAACUCUUGUGAUUCCUGGUUCACAUUUGUGGGAAGAUUCAAAUCGAGCAUCUCUUGUCGAAGAAGCUAUCCCUGCUGAAUUAGAGCCGGGUGAUGCAGCCAUCUUUGUUGGAAAUCUAUAUCAUGCUGGAGGAUCCAAUCUAACUCUAGAUGAGCGACGCGAAAUAGCUGGUAUAUUUAUGGCCAAAGGAUUUUAUCGACAAGCGGAAAAUGAAUACUUAGCAGUACCACCUGAACGUUGCAAAGAACUCCAGUUGAGUCCAGCAGAAUUACGUGUACUUGGCUAUGGUAUAUCACAGCCUGCUUGCGGUUUCUUCAAAUACAAAGAUCCCAUGGAAUCUAUUUUUGGAAUAGUGGAUGAUGAGACGGUUCUUUUAUAA